UCCCAUGAAGGGCCAAACACGCCAUUGAAAUUCAAGACAGCAAAACCUUCAAAAUUUGCACGGGACUCCAUUUUUCUUUUGUCAUUUUCCAGGAUAACAGAWUAUCUAGAUUUCUUUCAAUCUCUUCUAGACUUCGGUUUCCUAUUUUGCCCAAAUAUGAAAUUCCAAGAACGAUGUACACUUGCAGCCUUGCUGUUGGUUUUAUCUGGCUUUUGUGUCAUUGAGGGUGUCACACAUCUGCCUAUGAAAGAAUGCGAAGAAGCUUUUGAGCAAGAAGUCAAAGACAAAGUUCUUCUCAAUCAUGUGUUUCRCUUAGUCGAAGCAUUUAGCCCUGACCUUUGUUUAAUUAUGUGUAACUUCUAUAUAUAUUGUAUUUCCUAUAACUUUGGCCCUUCAGUAGAUAUGCCAGGUUGGACACUGUGUGAGCUCAAUGAUGCCGACAGAUACAUUUUCCCAAAUGAUAUCAAAGACAAGAAAGGCUUUUCAUACAGAGAAAGAAAGAAUCCAUGCUUGAAAAACGGACCUUGCAAAGGAAACAAGACUUGUGCGCGGCUACAGUGUGACCUGAAGCAGUUCACUUGUAUCUGCCCAAAAGGAUAUUUUGGCGAGAACUGUGAAAAGGAUAUUGAUGAAUGUUCUAGUAAUCUGCAUAAUUGCACACUUGAAAAUCCUGGUGUUAAGUGUAAUAAUACCCCUGGGUCUUUCAAGUGCAUUUGUGCAGAAGGAUACGCCGGUGAUGGAAUCAACUGUAAGAGAAUGGUGGCAUGGAUCAAAAUAAACAUAGCUCCUGUUUGCAUCGGUGUAAAUAAUGAUGACUAUGGGGAGGUUAUUGUUCCAUUUGAUAUAAAUGUAAAACAAUUCAAGCUCGUGUAUCUCUCGGGGGGAGUCUCCCAGACCAAUAACCCUGUAACGGCUCGAUACUGGGGAGAUAAUUCUAAGCCGCGGUCUCUUUGUUUCUUAAUUACUGACGAGGAAAAAAGAAAAAUUGCACCUUAUCCUGGCUAUCGCGGAUAUACAGGAUUGACUUUCAAAAUUGACAACAUAAAUGUGUCAAGUUCUGAAUUGAUUUUCCCAACUUCUGAUCUUCCUUUGCCACUAAAGAAGGAUGAAAAACUAAGGGUCUGGUUUACUUACGAUCUGUACAACGUUAGGGAAAGUGGCACUUACGGUAAAACCUGUGCUGAUCUAUAUAUUCGUUUUUAGACGUUAUGUAAUAGCAUUAUUUCCCCCGAAGGGGGAAGGACCAAAAUACUAAAAAUUAAACACGAGUUCGGAUAUUUACAAAACUCGUUAAUUUCUCGCGCUCUGAUAGGCUAAUUUGCAUGUUAGUUUUUUUCUUUGUGUGUGUGUUUUUUUUGUUGUUGUUUUCUUUUUUUUUUGUAGUGAAAAACAAAUUGAGGUCCGCUAAAUUGGCAAUUAUUAUCUUUGAUUAUUAUCGUUCAUUCUAUGCGCAAUUUACAAAACAUUGUAUAUGGGAAAUCGUAGAUUAAUGAACAUGACAAAUCAGCUACUAAGUUUAUGUAAUAUUUAGUUGAAAUAAGUAGCCGUCUGAUCAUUUAAUUCAUGGCUAUAUUACAUUUCUGAUUUCCAAUAACGCAUUUGUAGGCGUGAAAUAAAUUUGUUGUUGUCAUU